CAGUCUUUAAAUGCUCGCUCUCAGUUCUCGGUAACCUUGUGAAGUCCAUUUCUGCGGCUCUUGAAUGUUAGUCAAUUCCAACUCCUUUAGUUAAGGACGCGUUGUAAAUAUUAUAGAUUCAUAAUGGCUUUAAGUUCCACGUUAUUUGGGAAAUUAAAAUUUUCAGUUUCAAAAGCCAAUGGGCUGUUUAAGGUAUUUCCUGUGGCAUCAUUUUCCACUUCUAGUCGUCGAUCUGCACAGGUAAUGGUACGGGAUGCUCUCAAUACUGCUAUGGAUGAGGAGAUGGAACGUGAUGAGAGAGUGUUCUUGCUAGGGGAGGAAGUAGCUAUGUAUGAUGGUGCAUAUAAAGUUAGCAGAGGUCUAUGGAAAAAAUAUGGCGAUAAAAGAGUUAUUGAUACACCUAUUACAGAAAUUGGGUUUGCUGGCAUUGCUGUUGGAGCUGCUAUGGCGGGGUUGCGACCUGUCUGUGAGUUUAUGACCUUUAACUUCUCCAUGCAAGCCAUUGAUCACAUCAUCAAUUCUGCUGCAAAGACAUUCUACAUGUCAGCUGGAAAGAUUAAUGUUCCAAUAGUUUUUCGAGGACCUAAUGGAGCUGCUUCAGGUGUGGCAGCCCAGCACUCGCAAUGUUUUGCUGCUUGGUAUGCCAAUUGUCCUGGACUUAAGGUCAUAUCGCCUUAUUCUUCAGAAGAUUGCCGAGGACUGCUCAAGAGUGCUAUACGUGAUCCAGAUCCUGUUGUUUUUUUGGAGAAUGAGCUUUUAUAUGGUGUACCUUUUGAAGUGUCAGAUGAAGUGAUGUCAAAGGACUUUAUAUUGCCAAUUGGAAAAGCUAAAAUUGAAAAAGUUGGUCAACAUAUUACAUUAGUAGCCCAUUCAAAAGCAGUUGGGACAUGCUUGGAUGCAGCAAAAGAAUUAUCUGCUAGUGGCAUAGAAUGUGAGGUGAUAAAUCUACGUACUAUUCGGCCUUUGGAUGAAAAAUGUAUCCUCGAGUCUGUGAUGAAGACACAUAAUUUGGUGACAGUAGAACAGGGUUGGCCACAGUGUGGUAUUGGGUCUGAGAUUUGUGCCCGUGUUAUAGAGAGCCCAGCUUUUGAUUACUUGGAUGCACCAGUGGUUCGAGUUACAGGAGCUGAUGUUCCCAUGCCCUACACUAAAAGUUUGGAACCCCUUACAAUUCCUCAAGCACAAGAUGUGGUUUUGGCAGUCAAGAAAGUUCUUAAUGUGCAAUAACAGUUUUCAUCAAUAGAAAAAUAAAUUCCGAAGUAGAACAAUGAAAAUUCUUUAAUAUAUACAUUGUACAUAUCCUGUAUUGCAGUUCUGUUGUGUAUUUAUUACUAAAAAAUAUAUUGAUUUGUUUCAAAUAAAACUGUUUCUAAAUA